AUGGCAGAUGUCAUUGCAGAGUUUGAGCAAAAGCUAUCAGAGCUAACAAUAAACAAUGGAUUGAUUAUAAGUCAGUUGACUCAAUUAGCCAAACAACAUCCCGAAGUGGCGGACCGAAUUAUCGAUUUAAUCACAGCUAGGAUUUACAGAGUCAUACCUGAACAAAAAUUGUAUACGUUAUACGCCUUGGAUGACAUAUGUAAAGUAGUUGGCAAUCCUUAUAACAUUCUCGUCGGUGAUGAUAUUUACGACAUUUUCACACACGUCUUUCAACUAAAUAAUGAUUUUAUACGAGGAAAAUUAGUCAAGAUGUAUGAUCUUUGGAAGACGGUGCCACUUAAGAGUACGGGUGAGCCAGUAUAUCCAGAAGAACAGUUGACUAAAAUUGGCCAGUUUUUGAAAAAAGCUGGUUAUCCUAAAGAAGAGUCAGUUAAACAGGUGAACUUACCACCAAAACCCACAGUCUCUUUACAACAAUCUUUAAUAAACGAUAUUGACAAACUAAUACCUAUUUUUGAGAACCAAUUACGAACAAAUAGUAUGGAUCAAAAGGUAGCAGAUAGAUUCAAGGCGUUGAAUAGUUUAAGAGGCAUGUUGACUAGACAAGAAAUGAAGCCAGCCGAGUUAGAGGCAAUUAAAUCGCAUAUAGUCAAUAUUCAAUCACAAGCGACUCCGGUUACACCAGCUAUUACCCCACGAGCAACAACGCCACGAGCAACAACGCCAUUCACACCUGUGAAUCCAGCUUUUCAAAUAUUCAAUGAUUUGAUAUUAUCGGGAUUGGUCAAGAAGGACCAAGAACCAAUCCCAGGGUCAAAACCCGUCUAUACAUUAGUAUUUCCCGAAACAAAAUACUCUUUAGAUCAGGAACGUACAGAAGCAAGCUUGGAAGAUUUGCUAUUGCAAAGUAGUUCAAUUCCAAGAUCAGAAUAUGACAAACAAAAAUUUGUUGAGUUGAUGAGUAUUUCUAAAAAGACGUCUGAUGGAGACUUACAACACUUUAUCAAUAAUAAUAAGUUGAGUGCAAACACGUUAAACUUGUUGUAUGAAGCCAAACCUUCAAAGUGUUCCAUUUGUGGGAAAAGGUUCACCACAGACCCUGAGGGUGCAAACAACAAACGCCUACACUUGGACUGGCAUUUCAGAAUGAACAAGAAGUUGACUGUCAAAGGUGGUAAUAUACAAUCAAGAAAUUGGUUUGUUGAUGAUUACGAGUGGGUCAAAUUAGUCGAGAAUAGAGUUGGUGAACAGGAUUCUACAGUCACUGAUCAGAGUGUAGAUAUUCCCGUAGCUACUGAAGUUCAAUACGCCAUUGUUCCUGAAAACGAUACAAAUAUGAACAAUCGAUGCUUAAUCUGUCGUGAACAAGUCAAAGCUAAAUAUAAUGAUGAGAUCGGCGAAUGGGUUUGGUAUGAUUGUUUGAAACCACCGGGCGAGAAAAACUCAAGAAGAAUUGUACAUGUAGCAUGCUUUAAUGACAAAAAGAGGUCGGCAGAAUCAGACAUAAACCCAAACGUUAAAAGGGAGAAAAUAUAUUGA